AUGGACGAAAGAAUGAAAACGGAUGAGCACAAAAGCGGCGAAAAGUCGAACAAGUCGUAUAAGAUCCUAGAGUCACAAGGAUAUAUUGUAGGCCGAACACUUGGAAGCGGUUCAUACGCCCGGGUGAAAUGUGCAUACGCUAUUCAUAAAAAGCAUAAAGUAGCAAUCAAAAUCAUUAAUAAGAAGAAAUCGUUUGAUGAUUUUUUAGUAAAGUUUCUACCACGAGAAAUAGAAGCUAUGCGAAUUCUUUCUAAGCACUAUGCGUUAAUACAAUUUUAUCAGAUCAUCGAGACGACGAGUAGAUAUUUCUUCAUUAUGGAAUAUGCGGAGCGUGGUGACCUGCUGACGGAGGUAAAGAGCCGUGGGCGGAUUCCGGAGGUACAGGCGGGCCGCUGGUUCGUGCACAUGUACGACGGCGUGCGCUACAUGCACCGCCGUGGCAUCGUCCACAGGGACAUCAAGUGCGAGAACCUGGUCUUGGACGGAAAAAAUGUGCUCAAGCUGACGGACUUCGGGUUCGCUAAGAAAAUAGGGCGGGCGAAAAGCGGCGGACCUCUGCUCAGCGAAACUUUCUGUGGUAGUUACGCGUACGCAGCGCCGGAAAUCCUCAAAGGGGUGCCAUACAACCCGGUAAUGUCGGACAUCUGGAGUAUGGGCGUCGUGUUAUACACUAUGCUUUAUGGACGGCUGCCUUUCGACGAUGAAGACCACAACAAGUUAUUGAAGCUGGUACAAAGCCGCAUCACACUUCCCGCAAGGCCGGAAGUUUCGUCAGAAUGCAAAACGCUCAUGUUGAAAAUCUUUGUUCGAGUAGCCGACCGAGUGCAGCUUAGGAGUUUCCUGUCAGACCAUUGGUUCAGACUGCAUAAAGCGUCUAGUGAUCUGGAGAUGGACGACGGUGAGACUGAGAAUAAAACCAGCGUGCCUGCGGGGCCGGAGGCAGACGCCCCCGCUGAGUGUGCUCCUGCAAGUGGGCCCGCUCCGGAAAUGGUUGAAGGCGCGGACUAUGUGAGUCUGGAGACAGACAACCAUGACUGA